AUGUCAAAAACAGCCAAGGACCUCACAGCAGGCACAGCCGGAGGUAUUGCCCAGGUACUGGUUGGCCAGCCAUUUGACAUAGUCAAAGUGCGUAUGCAAACGUCAGCGAAGGGGACGUACAAUGGCAUGCUUGACUGCGCAGGCGGAAUCCUGAAGAAUGAGGGCCCUCUCGCAUUCUACAAGGGCACCCUAACGCCUCUCCUGGGAAUUGGUGUCUGCGUUUCCAUUCAGUUUGGCGUUUUGGAAUACGUGAAGCGAUUCUUUGCCGAACGCAACAUCCGAGCUGGUUCAGGUGGUCCUGAUGGUAAGACGUUGACUAGUUCGCAAUUGUUUGCGGCCGGUGUGCUGGCAGGUCUAGGAAAUGGUGUCGUGUCAGGACCGGUGGAACAUAUACGUAUUCGGCUACAAACCCAGUCGAACUCGAAUCCUGUAUACCGUGGUCCUUGGGAUGCCAUGAAGAAAAUCUACUCUUCCCAUGGGAUCGCAGGGAUCUAUAAGGGUCAAAAUGUGACCUUGCUUCGAGAGGCAUCCGGAUAUGGCAUCUACUUCUGGGCAUACGAGAAAUUGGUCCAGCGUGAGAUAGCGCAAAAGGGUAUCCGGCGAGACGAGAUCAGCCCAGCAAAGGCCGUGCUCUAUGGCGCAGCGGCGGGUUACGCACUUUGGGCGGUGAUAUACCCCAUAGACAUGAUUAAAUCUCGGAUGCAGACGGACGGGUUUUCCGCUGCAGAUGGUCAAAAGUAUAAAUCCUCAUUGCAUUGCGUGCGCACGAUCUGGCGAUCAGAGGGCAUCAGUGCAUUUACUAGAGGGCUAGGCCCCACGCUGAUCCGGUCUCCGUUCGCCAAUGGUGCUACGUUCCUUGGAUUCGAGAUGGCAAAUCGUUUACUCAAUUCCUGGUGACAACAUGUGAUGUGUUAGGACGUCCGGCGGUACCGUAUAUAGAGUGUGCCAUAAUUUAUUGUGUAGAUUUUUUACUUUCUGCUGAUUUCUUGGACUUUGUGCGCUGCUGCUGAGUGUCAGCAUUUACAUGACGAAUUGUUUACAUGCGUAGUAUGAGGGUUUCAAGUCUUGAAAAUUCUUGGAC